GGCGAGAUACAAACUCAGGAUGCUCAGAAAGGUUUUUGUGCGGCUGGGGGUGCAGAGGAGAGCCCUGCAUCUGGCAGGAGAACAGACAAAACCAGACUUCUUGAGAGUGUUCGUGAAGGAAGAAGAAGCUUCUGCCAUGGCUGCCGAGCUGGAUUUCUCUCCCCCUGAAGUCCCAGAGCCCACAUUCCUGGAGAAUGUGCUGCGCUAUGGACUCUUUUUUGGAGCCAUUUUCCAGCUGAUCUGUGUAUUGGCCAUAAUCCUCCCAAUUUCAAAGUCCCAUAAGACAAAAUGUUAUCUAUCAUCUCCCUUGAAGGAAGAGAUUGGGAUGUCUCUAAGCUAUCCUUCUUAGUCCAGGACUCUGACAAUUUUGAGUUUAAAAGUUCAGAGGUGGUGAAGAAGCCGAAGGUGGCUGCUCCACAGCUGAACAAGAAACCCAAGAAGGAAACCAAGAAGAAGAGAUAAAAGGUCUUGUAAAGGAGCCUUAAAGACAAGGGAACUGCACACAGCCAGAUGGUUAAUUUAACUGUCCUAGCCAGCAUGGAUCAUCUCACCUCCGGUGGGGUGGGAAAGCUUACACUUGCAUGUCCUCCAUGCUGGCUGGGAUGUGAAGUGAAGCAUGGAAUGGGGGGCAUGUGUUGUGCCACUGAGGAUACCGUUUUCUAAGUCAUUCUUUUAAAGACAGACGGCUCAAAUGGAUCAAGGACAUCACGCUACCCAGCUUUGUAUUCCCUUGUAUUGUUCUUACAUCUAAAAUACAUCAGUGCAUUUUAUAGCUUAGUAGUAAUGGCUCUGUUACAUUUUUUAAAAACAUAUUCUCCAUAGGUAAUAACUACCCCGAGUCCAGACUCGCCCACCUCAGGGCUUUCACUUGCCCCUGUCGCUACCACUCUGUGACUGCUUUCUUCAGCCACUCUAGUCAUGUAAACACUUUUCCUCUCUGCUUCCAGCCUGAAAGAAAUAUGGAAACCUCAAAACUUUUUGUGGUCAGAGGGGCUGAAAAAAUGCAAGGACUAGGUGAUUACCGGGCUUUCAGAAAUACAGAGAUGUUCCAUUAUCGGAAGCGGCAGCAGAGAAGUUAGGAGUAUUGCAAACUGUCUGCCUGCAACAAACAGAACUCUAUGUACCACAUUCUGCUGCUAACAAAGCAUGGAAAUCAUUCUAUCAGUCCUCCCAUCUAAGGUGCUCUUAGGCAAAUUUUGGGUGUGCAUGCAGCUUUGCCUAGCAUAGUAUCCUGUGUCUCCUUUCACUGAACUCCUUCUGAAGUCAACUGUUAUCCUGCCCUGGGAGACAAUGCAAAAUCCACGGGACAAUAAGCUCACUGUGAAGCACAGCAGAGAUGAUGGUGUCUGUUGCUGUAUAGCCAGGCACCUUCAGGCUCUCACUUUGAGGCCAGAGACCUAAUGUUAGAUUUAAAUAUGGCUAGAAAGGAUUUGGAAACAUACAUGGUGAUACAGCGGCAGAGCCUCAGUAAGGCAGCACAACCCCCUGCUGAUAGCUCACAUGCCAGCUUGUUUGAUCACGAGUGGGUCAUUAGUAUGAGAACCGCUGCUUAAAUGCACUCAGAAUUCAGAGCAGCACUAGGAUCUGCUUUGAAGAAAAGUGUUGUAUUGAUUAAUGCUCCAGUCCCGCCGUCAGAUCCACAUGGAGAGAUCCCUGCCACUCUGCUGCAUCUCUCUGACGUUAAUGGACACAGGAUGGAUCCAGUUGCAGGACUGAUGCCUGUCAGUGGAUAUCAGAUAUUACACUGCAUUUGUUCUACAACAUAAGCAAAACAAUAUGUUUGCACUUCUAUAUAUUACCACUGCUGAGGUGAGAGACUGAACCGCCUGUUCCUUUUUGUGUUUCUGAGGGUUUUUGGACUCAGAGGGGUCUGACUCAAGCUUCUGAUCGCUUCUCAGCUGUGCUGUAGGUACUGUCCCAGAUGCUCUGCCUCCCUGCUUACACAGAAUGUCACUGGCAUUGGUUGCUGGAAGCACAGUAGUGGUGGUUAAAACCUGACUUGGAGAAGCCCUCUGUGAAUUCACUCUUUAUUUGUUCUAAAGACAAUUUUCAACAGAGUACCAAAUGAAAUACUAAUAGACAAAAGAAGACCCCACCCACCCUCUCCCCCAACUCCA